AUGCUUUUGGAGAAUCUCCCCUUCCCGGCAUCAGCCAAUCUCACCGCGGCUGAGAUUCUAACAUUUCUCCCGGGCGGUCUCAGGUGUGCAGACGUGGUUUAUCGAUUCUUUUCAAACGGCGGUACCAGGCAAGGUAUUCACGGAAUAAUCAGUACCAAUCGGUUCCCGCAAAAAAACGAAUGGAGCGCCAACAUCUGUGGAUCGUUGCUCUACCGAACUAUGAGAAAGGCCGGCUUCGACGGUUGGACUUGUGGGAUCCACGAGUUGUGGCAUAAAGACAUUGCUGCAUCAUGGAACGAAGAAGAUCUCAGUGUUGCCGGAUUCAAGACACCAUGCGAAAUAGGAGAGAAAGGAGAUCCGGCAGGCCCGAUUCCAUUUUCCCACUUGGCAAAUGGAGUCAAGAAAUACCCUGCUGGUAACGAUGCGUUAGAUCUUACCAGGAUGGUCACUUACGCUGUCGAACACCCCAACGAGCACUGGCAAUACCCCACACACUACGACGAGCUCUUGGAACACAUAGGUGGGCCUCAUCCGCCAAGUACGGAGCAUACAGAUCGAUACAUUCUUGAGAAAUGGGACAAGUGGGUCAAGCAAAACACAUACAUCAACCUCGCAAGGAAACGUGCUUCUCAGUCAACAUCGGCAACUAUGUCGCUCACAACUACACCACGUCCAAUGGCUUCACCGAAUCAACUAGAGCCUCAUAAAUCUCCUAUGCUGCUCAAUACCGGAAUACCAAAGGGCACUCCAAGGCUGUUGCCCGCACAGAUGCAACGAACAAAAACUUUGUCUGGGGAAGUUAUUGGUACUAUCGCAAACAGGUUUGGACGUGUGCUACCGUCCCAUCCCGACUUCAUGAACUAUGUUCGUCGUCCUGCAACUCUUGCGACCGCACCAGACUCGGUUAAAUGGGACUCUGCGGAUACCCAGAAUCUUCUAAUGGUUUUCGGAACAUUUCGAUAUCCGGCCGUAACCAGCAUAUUCAGUCCGUACGCAUUCUUGUGCUCGCGAGAUUACCCUCCUUUUCGGAUGCUGCACCAUAUCGAUCAACCACAUCCCGGAGAUGUCAGUGGAUGGGCGGAGAACCUUCGGUGGGCAGCUGAGCAGCAUGAACUGUUCGGUGUUGAAAGUUGGACAGAAUGCCCUGAGCAUAUGAGACUCAUCUCUCGACAUCGCUUUGAACAAAUCUGGGUUUCUGACGAAUGGCUGGCUGACUAUAUGAAGAGGGGUGAGAAUGUUCAGGAGACGGUGAAUUAG